AUGAAAACGUCAAAGCCUUUAAUUAUUUUAUUUAUAUUAUGUUUAUUGUUUCAACUUACAAUAGGGCAAGAAUUACGUAAAAGAGUACCGCAAGAUCCCAAUCCCAAGCAAAAUCCCAAGCAAGCACCACCGCAAAAUCCCAAGCAAGCACCACCGCAAAAUCCCAAGCAAGCACCACCGGUAGAUCCCAAGCAAGCACCACCGGUGGAUCCCAAAGCCCCUGAAACUACCCCUACUCCUACUCCUACUUCAACUUUGCCAACUGCCGAUACUCAACCAGUAAGAAUAAAAAUGGUUAGUCCACCCGUUAGUAGCAACUUGCUAUUUAAAAUAGGAAAAGUACAAACAUUCAAUUGGACAUAUUCAUCACAAUUUGAUGCGGCUGUUGCACCAAAAAACCUUAAUAUGUUUGCCAAAUACAACGAUCAAAAAGGUUAUAACUUCACCGUUGCAGUGAAUCUUCCGCCUGAUACAACCUCUUUUGUAUGGGACACUUCCAAAGUUAAAAAUCCAGAAUUACCAGUUGGAACUUACACUUUGUAUAUAUGGGAUGAGAGAGGUCCACAACCAUCUUCUGUUGUAGGUGGCCAAUUACAACCUUAUUUUGAUUUACGUUUUAUGAUGUAUCAACCAAAACCACGCACUGAUUUAAAAGAUUAUACAUGUGCUGUAUGUGAUGGAAAUAAUCCAAUGACAAGAGCUGAACAAAACAAACCAUAUCUCCCAAUUGCUGUUUUGUCUGGAAUUUUGGUUGUAACGCUUCACGAAAGACGUCAUCGUAAAAUAAGAAGGUCUUCACAAAAACAACCAUCCUGGUUAAAACGCACCUUGUGGACAGAGCUUCCAAAGAAUCGAGAAAUGGUUUCCUUUGGAAGUAAAUCGAGGGUGGUUUCUACGCCACAAGGUGGUGUAAUUGAAUUCAAAAGAAUGUCGCGUAGAGAUCGUGACAAGUGGACUGAACAUAAAGGUUAA